GGGACCCUGUGUUUUGACGUUCUCGAUGGCCGGAGCAGAGCUUCUGUGGGGGUUGUUUUGAGUGCUACAAACACCUUAGUGCUGUUUUCCAUACCCUCGCUGCCCGAAAGGUUUUGGAGACUGGUUGGAAACUUUCCCCUUGGCCUGGACAAUGAUCCAAACCAGAGUCCUAGCUUUACCUAGGUGCAGACAACCAAGCGAGGUGAUCCUCAGGAGUUAAGAAACAUAUUUCUACAGUAUGCCAGUACUGAGGUCGAUGGAGAACAUUACAUGACCCCGGAGGACUUUGUUCAACGCUAUCUUGGAUUAUAUAAUGAUCCAAAUAGCAAUCCAAUGAUUGUGCAGCUCUUGGCAGGAGUAGCUGAUCAAACCAAGGAUGGGUUGAUCUCCUAUCAAGAGUUUUUGGCAUUUGAAUCUGUUUUAUGUGCUCCAGAUUCCAUGUUCAUAGUGGCUUUCCAAUUGUUUGACAAGAGUGGAAAUGGAGAGGUGACAUUUGAAAAUGUCAAAGAAAUUUUUGGACAGACUAUCAUUCAUCAUCAUAUCCCUUUUAACUGGGACUGUGAAUUUAUCCGACUGCAUUUUGGGCAUAACCGGAAGAAGCAUCUUAACUACACAGAAUUCACGCAGUUUCUCCAGGAGCUGCAACUGGAACAUGCAAGACAAGCCUUUGCACUGAAAGACAAAAGCAAAAGUGGUAUGAUUUCUGGUCUGGAUUUCAGUGACAUCAUGGUCACCAUUCGGUCUCACAUGCUGACUCCUUUUGUGGAGGAGAACUUAGUUUCAGCAGCUGGAGGAAGUAUCUCACACCAGGUUAGCUUCUCCUACUUCAAUGCAUUUAACUCCUUACUGAAUAACAUGGAGCUUGUUCGUAAGAUAUAUAGCACUCUAGCUGGCACAAGGAAAGAUGUUGAAGUCACAAAGGAGGAAUUUGCCCAGAGUGCCAUACGCUAUGGACAAGUCACUCCACUAGAAAUUGAUAUCCUGUACCAGCUUUCAGACUUAUAUAAUGCGUCAGGGCGUUUGACUUUGGCAGAUAUUGAGAGAAUAGCCCCAUUGGCUGAGGGGGCCUUACCUUACAACCUGGCAGAACUUCAGAGACAGCACUCUCAUGGGUUCGGCAGGCCUAUCUGGCUCCAGAUUGCCGAGUCUGCGUAUAGAUUCACUCUGGGCUCAAUUGCUGGAGCUGUGGGAGCCACUGCAGUGUAUCCUAUAGAUCUGGUGAAGACCCGAAUGCAAAACCAGCGUGGCAGUGGCUCUGUCGUGGGGGAGCUGAUGUAUAAAAACAGCUUUGACUGUUUUAAGAAAGUCUUGCGUUAUGAGGGCUUCUUUGGACUCUACCGGGGUCUGAUACCACAACUUAUAGGGGUUGCUCCAGAAAAGGCCAUUAAACUGACUGUUAAUGAUUUUGUUCGGGACAAAUUUAUCAGAAAAGAUGGCUCCAUUCCACUUCCAGCAGAAAUCCUUGCUGGAGGUUGUGCCGGAGGCUCUCAGGUCAUCUUUACGAACCCGCUGGAGAUAGUGAAGAUCCGUCUGCAGGUAGCUGGGGAGAUCACCACGGGACCCAGAGUCAGCGCCCUAAAUGUGCUCCGGGACUUGGGAAUUUUUGGUCUGUAUAAGGGUGCCAAAGCGUGUUUCCUCCGAGACAUUCCCUUCUCUGCAAUCUAUUUUCCUGUUUAUGCUCAUUGCAAACUACUUCUGGCGGAUGAAAAUGGACACGUGGGAGGUUUAAAUCUUCUUGCAGCUGGAGCCAUGGCAGGUGUGCCUGCCGCGUCUCUGGUGACCCCUGCUGAUGUCAUCAAGACAAGACUGCAGGUGGCCGCCCGCGCCGGCCAGACGACAUACAGUGGUGUCAUCGACUGUUUCAGGAAGAUACUCCGGGAAGAAGGGCCCUCAGCAUUUUGGAAAGGGACAGCAGCUCGAGUAUUUCGGUCCUCUCCCCAGUUUGGUGUUACCUUGGUCACCUAUGAGCUUCUCCAGCGGUGGUUUUACAUUGACUUUGGAGGCCUCAAACCCUCUGGCUCAGAACCAACACCUAAGUCCCGCAUUGCAGACCUUCCUCCUGCCAAUCCUGAUCACAUCGGUGGAUACAGACUUGCCACAGCCACUUUUGCUGGCAUUGAAAAUAAGUUCGGCCUUUAUCUCCCCAAAUUUAAAUCUCCUAGUGUUGCUGUGGUUCAGCCAAAGGCAGCAGCAGCAGCAGCAGCGGCGCAGUGAUGAGAUGAUUGUUGAGUGUGGCAACAUGGUGCCCUGAAGAGAGAGGCCUAGGAGAGCAGCCCUGUAACGAAUCCAGUCAGCUGCAUGGUGCUGACUGAGCGGAGGAGUCAAACUAUUCUUUCUAUAUGACAUAUACAUAUAUUUGUUUAUAAAGUAAUCAUUUGCCCAGGGGAAAAAACCACAACGCAGUUUCAAGCUUUAGUCUUACGUGUUGAAAUGUUUUUCUAAGCCUUGGCAUGAAUUAGUGUUCUAGACUCUGCUUUGCACAGCUUGCACUUACAGUGACUGUACAUAUUGUACAUCUUUGUACAGAGACAUCUUGGCACCUCAUCCCAACCAAUCACAUUUACAGAAACGUAAUGCGGUUCUGAGUGGCUUGAAAUGUACAGAAUGUUUUGAAAGUGUUUUAUUAAGAGUCACAUGAGAAUAAAUGUAUUAAAAUUAAAUUCAUUCUCUUAUUGGUGACUUAUGGAAAUAAAGCAUCAAUAUUAGAUGUAUUUAAUUCCUAGUUUGUUUUCCAUUCUGGAAUAAAAAGGUAUUUGCUGAUAAAAGGCAUAAUGAGACAUAGUGCUGACACCAUUCAAUAAGUGAUACUUUGGAAAGAUGCAUGCCAGUGGAUGCCAGAGGACCAGGAUGAUGACUUGCGUGUGCUGAUGUGUUUCCAUUUGUAUUUACCAUGUGUGUAGAUCCUCCUCUGUUCAUCAAUCAAAAAGCAUUUCCUAGACAGCUCUCUCCUGUCAGUGUGCAUAUGGAAACAGGGAUGUCUCCGGCAUUACUGGCUUAGUUUUGCUUUUCUUUGAAUAUAGCAAGGCAAAGGCCGAGUUUUCCGAAAGAGUAAAGGAUACUUUGGCAAUUUUCCUUCAUGUGGAUAUGAUUCCAAUCAAAAAUAAAAUGCACACCAAAAUGUA